AGAAGGAUUAGGGAGCUGGUAAAAAAGAGCAAAUCUUCGCGGAAGAAGAGGAAAGAAGAGAAAGAAAGGAUAAUUUGAAGGAUACGUGGUGGAGCAUGUGCUGGUAAUCGAAGAACAUACCGCAUAGGCGGCAGGAUGAGAUACAUCUUUGGAGAUGCGCGUCGUCGCUUCUCGCAGCAAGUUUACUGCUCGUAGCAAUAGCUAACUGCGCGUACCAGGUAUGGCCGCUGUAGCGGAAGGCGACAACGAGCUCGUCGCCGCGACACCCGAAGGGUGUCGGGCGCCACCAGUGACGGAGUCCGGCGGCACCAACGGAAAGGAGGGAGAUAUGGCCGCCUCCGACAACAGAGUUGUCGACGACAAUGUUCGUAUUCACGAGAUCCUCGAGGGGAUGACGAACGAGUUUAACAAGGGUGUGAGUCCGACGAAGAAUAAUGACAGUGAUAAAAUGGAACCGGAGGAAACGGUGACGCCGGUGACAUCCAAGGUCGUCGACGAAACGUCCAAGGGGGAAAGAGAACUCGAUGGUGUCAGUGAGGAAGCUGCUGAAAAUUUAGAGGAUGCAGUUACUUCUCAAACUCCGGAGGAGAAUCAUAAUGGUGAGGAGGAGAGUUUGGCGGAUAAGCAGGACACUGUUAAAAAGGACAAGGCCAGGAUUGUCUUAACAUUCAGAACCAUUGAUCUGAAUACAGAUCAUGGCAAAAAGACUAAGAUAUCCAGUUGUUCUUCUAAUCUCGCUUUAGUUCCUGAUGAGUUUGCUUGCAAUGACAUUGAUGGUGUCUUGGUAAAGAUAGAAAAUUCUGAUGAAAAUUCUGAUUUAGUGGAAGAGUCCCAAGCUGAGGAGUCUCAGGCAAAGGAAUCCCAAGUCGAGGAGUCCCAACUGGAGGAAUCCCAAUCAGAGAAGAUUCAAGCAGAGGAGGCAAAGAAGAAGGAAUCUAUAAAGGUGACAGAAUCGAAAACUAUGAAUGAGGACAAAAUGGAAAGUACACAAGAGAAACAAAAUAGCGACACGCAACUUCCUAUUUCGAAGAAACCUGAAACCACAGAGAAUAAUAUUGAAAACAGCAACGAUAAGGCGUUAACAGAAGAGACUGCACAACAAGAAACUACCACACUUGUUACCACUAGAAAGAGAAGAAUUGGACGACCAAGAUUACGAGCACUUAGUGAAUCAGUCCCUCAGGAUGAGGAACCUCCUGGUCCUAAGCGUUCUGCUAGAAGGUUAUGUAAAGAAUCGGUAAAGAGUACUGUAUUAGAAAGCGCCAUGGCACGUAAGGAAAAGUCUAAUUAUACAGAGGAGUUCAAGAAAAAAAGGUAUAAUAGACCGGGUCGACCUAAGAAAAUUAUUCCGGGUAAAGAACAAGUAAAGCAGGCACAUGUGAAGGUCUCCGAUGUUCGUCAGGAUGUAGAAACAUCACUAACAUCUGACGGCAUUAGUACGGCUGAGAGUACGAUGUUAGAAACCUCGCACAAUACCACGUUAUCGGAGAAUAGCAUGAACGACAAUGUCUUGGAAGAUUCGCAGAUUUUUUCAUCUGAUUUCGAAGAAAUGCCGAAGUUAUCACCGAUGACAAGGAGUUCGGAAUCACAUACCAAACUGGGCAAUUCCAUCGGUAGUCCUAGCAGCGACGACAUACCUUUGGCAGAUAUUCAGAAACCUUUCUUAAAACCUGCCACCCAAUCCACCGUUCGACCCAGGAGAGACAGGGGACGUCCUCGUGGAAGCACUCAAGCAGCGCGAAAGAUAGCAAAGGCAGAUCUGUACGAAGAUGGUUCUCCAUCCGUUGCAGAAGCGGGAAAAAAUAACGAUUAUCCUGAAGGUAAAGCUUUAGUUUUUAACACGAAACUUAAUGGAUAUAAAAGGGCGAAUGAAAAUAAAUUUGAAUGGAAAGUUAGCCAUGGAGAGAUACCGACCAAACGAACUCGCCGAAGUAUGGUGCCAAGCCCGAGUCCCGCGGAAGGACAAGCAUCGAAACCGGAAUCAACGGCUAUUUUGAGUGAAACAUAUGUGCAAUCCAUGCUGUGUCUAUGUCAAAUACGAUCUCAAUUAUACGUGACGAUAACUGGUUCUGGGGGACCACUUUACUGUACUGCUGUCGACUCGAUUGACAAUCGGGUGGUAGGCUGUUGUAAUGAAGUGGACACCAACGAUGUGGCGAUGCGGCGGCCGAGCACUCGCGUGCCUUUCAUUAUUCUCUGCCGUAUGCACAAGGAACGAUUACUUCGUCAUAAUUGUUGUCCUUCUUGCGGAAUGUUCUGUUCACAAGGCAGAUUCGUGCAGUGUACCAAUGGUCACCAGUACCAUCGCGAAUGUGAGAUAUAUCCGAACAAGAAAGGUGUUUGUCCGCACUGUGGCAGUGAGACAGCAGCUUAUGAUGUGAUGGUGACAAUGAAUGGCAUGAGACGGCCGGUUUUCAUUCCUACGCGUAAAAAAUUUUCUAAAUUGCCAUCUGCAAAGAUGAGCCUACCUGGGAAAGGUGAUAAUACAAAGUUGGCUGAGCAUCCGCCCAGUCCGUUGAUUAAGCCCGAUGUUAUCAAGAUACCUGAACCAUCGAUUAAUACUGAGAGGCCAGAACGUUACACCAUUAUGAGUCUCUAUACAUCCGUGAAGAAUGGGGACCUUGAAAAGUUGGUUAAUGUAUUAGCAUGUGGUUACAAUGCAAAUCACACAUUCCGGGAUUAUGCUCACCGAACCGGUCUGCACAUAGCGGCAGAUAAAGGUCAUUUGUCAUGUGUACACGUUCUGGUUCAAGCUGGUGCUCAAGUAGAUGUAAUGGAUAGGAAUCAAUUGACACCACUAAUGCUAGCUGCAAGUAAGGGUAAUGCCGCUGUAGUGAAAUACCUAGUCAGGAUAGGCGCCGAUGUGACACUGAAGGGUGAGGACGGUAUGACUGCCUUGCACAUGGCUGCCAAAUCCGGUCACUUAGAAGUCUGCCAAAUCAUACUGACUGAGUGUAAAGUGCCGAGAACAUUAGUAGAUUCUGUGGAUGAUGGUGGCUGGACAAGUUUAAUCUGGGCAUGCGAAUUUUGUCAUGCGGAUGUCGCACGAUAUUUAUUGGACAAGAAGUGCGAUCCACUUAUCAGAGAUGCCGAACAGAAUAUAGCGUUGCAUUGGAGUGCCUUCAGCGGCAGUUCCGAGAUUACGGAGAUGCUUCUUAACGAGGGUUGCGAUGUGAACGCUGUUAACGUUCAUGGUGAUACCCCUUUACAUAUAGCAGCUAGACAAGAUCAAUACGCAGUCAGUGUUCUGCUGUUAGCGCGUGGUGCUAAAAUAGGAGAGGUAAAUGCUGCUGGCGAAACUGCGGUGAAUUGUUGUGCAUCUGAUGGUGAUACUAUGGCUGCUUUAAGAUUGAAUGCGAAAGUCAACGAACUCGCCGAGUAUAUGUGGGAAAGAACGGUUAAGAUAUUGACGAAUGACAUUUCACGUGGAAAGGAAACAAAUCCUAUACAAUGUGUCAACGGAUAUGAUUCUGAGGACAAGCCAACCGAUUUCCUUUACAUAACGGAGAAUUGUUUCACAAGCAAUAUCAAUGUGGACCGCACAAUUACAUCGUUGCAAUCAUGUCGAUGUGAGGAUAACUGUAGUUCUGAAAAGUGCUUGUGUGGAAAUAUAAGUCUACGAUGUUGGUAUGAUGAAGAGGGAAAACUCGUACCAGAAUUUAAUUAUGCAGAUCCACCAAUGUUGUUUGAAUGUAAUCCAGCUUGCGACUGCAACCGCAUUACAUGUAACAAUCGAGUUAUUCAACAUGGACUGACUCAACGAUUUCAAUUGUUCCGCACAAGAGGCAAGGGUUGGGGUCUUCGAACUCUUCGACAUAUUCCUAAAGGCACCUAUGUUUGUGAAUAUGUUGGAGAGAUAAUCUCAGAUUCCGAGGCUGACCAUCGCGAAGAUGACUCCUACUUGUUUGAUUUGGACAACAGAGAUGGAGAAACAUAUUGUAUAGAUGCAAGACGUUAUGGGAAUAUUGCUCGGUUCAUUAAUCAUUCGUGCGCGCCGAAUCUAUUGCCGGUACGAGUAUUCGUCGAACAUCAGGAUCUCCAUUUUCCAAGGAUAGCAUUCUUCGCUAAUCGCGACAUCGAGGCAGAUGAAGAGCUCGGCUUCGAUUACGGCGAGAAAUUCUGGAUAAUAAAAUGCAAGUCCUUCACAUGUACCUGCGGUGCCGAAAACUGCCGUUACUCUGAGAAGACUAUACAAGUUACACUGGAUAACUACCGGAGAAAAAUACAGCAGGAGGAAAUGUUGGCAGCUCAAACUUCUUCUUCGUAACCAUAAUGCGAUUUAGCUUAAUUCUUUAGAUGUUUACGCGCGUUUUUUUUGUGAACG